UACUACUACUACUACUACUACUACUACUACUACUACUACUAUUACUACUACUACUACUACUACUACUACUACUACUUCAUCUCCUUUCGAUAAAAAUGUUUACGUCGAUUUCGUAGGUGGUACUAUAUGCGCAAACUUUGCAAAACGGCUUUGCUGUAUUGCGUUGCGUUAUUUUACUGCGAUAGGUGAAAACAGGCAAAAAAAGAAACAAAAAAAAAAAAAAAAGAAAAAAUAGGUGACUUUUGGACACUAUUAUCCCGAAUUUUUCCUUUCGCAUAUUUAUUUAUCUUCUUUUCCUCUCGUUUCUUCGCGAGAUUCGUAAUCGAUAAAAACCCGCAGUCGUCUCCGACAGUGUUCUGUUGUAGAUCCCCCGUUAAAAUUUCUAUAGCUAUGUAUAUGAAAUCGAAGAAAUUCUGGAUUCUAUUGUCCAAUCGUUCACUCAGGCAACGAAUACAUAUGACGUGUCGGUGUAAAUUAUUAAUCUUGUGCAGUUGGAAGUAAUAUGUUCAUUUACGAAUAAUGUGGUGGACAGAGAUUAUGCAAGUAACAACUAUACACGAAAGUAUUUUCAUACUUGUUUCUCUCCUAGUUAUAACGCUAUUUUUAUACAUAACAGAGUGAUGUUGACCGCCGAGCGAUCACAAUGUCAUUAAUUCCAUGUGUAUUAUUAUCUUUUUUUCCUCUUUCCUUUUGUAUAUUGUGAACCAACAGGUGUUCGAGUAUCGUGAUCGAAUCUAAACGAUGUGUAGCUAUUUGUCGUAUGUUUCAUAUUUAAAAAAAAGAAAAAAAAAAGAUUGAUAAAUAUAUCUAUGCGAUAGUCAGAUGUCCACCGUUUCGUAACUGGUAAAUGUAUAAAUUCAAGUACGGUAUUAUGAUUUAGGACGUAUUAGCAUCUUUAGAGGAAAUAGGAAAGUGGUAUAAUAAACGAGACUAUUUAUUAACGUGUGUUAAGUAUUUAUUUUUUAUGUUACAUCUCUCGAAAGGACAGUCACAUUUGUACGGUACAAAUACCUUUAAAUAUUGUUUGGUCCUCUAAAGUAUAUCGGACGAGCAGCCUUAGAAAACAUUUAUGGAUCUACGCAGAGUGGAAUGAUUAGACAAAGAUCAAUUAAAGUGUAGUGCGAAGAAAUGUGAGGGGCUACGAAUAUAGUAAUCAUUACAUAUUAUGUAAAAAAAAAAGUGGCGUUUGACUGUGACUGCAAUCAUUAUUACGAAAAGAAUGCGCAAUUACAAAGCACACAUACGAACGAGAGAGGGAGAGUGAGAGAGAGAGAGAAAGAGAGAGAGAGAGGGAGAGAAAGAGAGAGAGAGAGAGAGAGAGAAAAACAAUUGUAAGCCAUAUGUUACUCUGUACAACACGCAACAAUGUCGACAAAAGAUGAAAAUAUAAUUGGUAAACGUAAAUUGCUACCGAAUAGAAUUGUUGCGUGCGGUAGAUCAUAGUUUUCUUUCUUUCGUAAUUUUUUACGUUACGCGUGUUUGAAAACUCGAAUCUUGUUCAAUUUGCUCUUGGUGAAAAACAAAAAGAUUUAUAUACGCUAAUUGUGUGUCUACCUCGAGCAAUUUUCUGUUUAAGGUAAAAAGAAAGGAUAAAAUACUAAUACUCAAAGGGAAAAGAAAAAGAAGCAUUGAGUUAUCGUAUGCGCGUGAGACGAUUGCGAGGCCGAGGGAAGAAAGAAAAUAAACGAGAGAACGAGAGAGAAAGAAAACGAGAGAAGGGGGAGAGAUAGAAAACGAAGAGCACACGCGUAGGUGGCAAAUUUUCGUGGGCAAAACUAGGUGGGAUGGCAAAAAAAAAUGUCUUCUAACUUUUAUGAAUGUUAUUUAAUCGAGAAGCGUCGCUUGUCGUUGAAUCGAGAACGCAGACAAGACGUGUAUAGAGGAGAGUGAAAAAGGAAAAAAAAAGAAUGAAAAAGAAAAAGAAAAUAAAGGAAAGAAAAGGAAAGAGUAAAGAAGGAAAAGAACAAACUGCAGAAAGCACAAUAACAUUGCGCUUUCAAUACGAGUCUCAAUGGCUGUGUUUCAUUUUUCUACGGCGAAUGACGCUCGUUGUAUCAUUCACUUGUAACUCUAAUGAUACUGCUAUAUAUCUACUUCACUGAGAUGGCGAGCAAAUGGUAAAAGUGUGAAAGAGUUAAGAAACGGAACGAUGAAUGUACCAUUUUGUCGGUCUCUUAAUUAAUAAUUGCACAUUUACACGCUACAUUAGGUGAACCGAGAAAAAUACGAGAAGUAGGGAAAAAAAAUCUGCAAACAACUGUACGUCGUACGGCUAUUGAAUGAAGUAAUAAAAAUAAAGUGUCUGAAAUUUAAAAGGGAAGUCAACUUAACCUUAUAAAGUGUAUGAUAUAUAUACAUAUACAUAUACAUAUAUACGUAAUAUAUAUACACUUGACGUUCAUUAGUAAUAAGUUACGGUCGCAUUGUGGAUAGCAUGUGCUUCUUGCGCUUGGGUAACGCAACAUCUGUGUGUUCCGUGAAGAAUGAUUGUAGAGUGUCAAUAUUGUUACAAAUACCUCAUAAGAGACGAUGGAUCACAUAUAUUAUUUAAACGUCGUUCAUUUAGUGAUUCAUUCGUUUAUUUAUAGUAUUAUGCAAAGUGACAGGAGAAUUCUAUUAAAUGAAUCGUAUAAUAAAGAAAGGAAAGAUUAUGCAGUGUAGAGUCUCUCUUUACACAUUAUAUACGUGUGUAUUAUCUGGAACUGGAAUACACGGGAUCGUAACCGUUGAUGACGAAACGCCAAUUCUGUUGGGAGUAACUUGGACCAAUCGUAUAAGACCACGAUCGCAAUGGCGGCGUGGCUGAACAGUUUUGCGUUAUCGGGUGGUUAGGUAGAGGCUUCUAAAGCCAGCAAGUUUGUUUUCUUAUGUAUUAAAAUAUUCAUAUUAUCGUGGCUCAAUUUUUUAUUCAGUCAUGUAUCAUUGUGGUUUAUUAUUGGUCUUAUUGGAUCUGUCUUUAGAUGUGACUGGCGGGAGUGUUUCUCAAUUAGAAAUUGACAGGCAUUUGGAAUUAGGUAGAGAGUUUUUAGCAAAAGGACAGUUACAGGAUGCGCUAUCGCAUUAUCAUGCAGCUGUUGAGGGAGAUUCAAAUAACUAUCUGACAUAUUAUAAGAGGGGCACAGUUUAUCUAGCAUUAGGUAAAGCCAAAUUUGCGCUCCUUGAUCUUGAUAGAGUCUUGGAAUUGAAGCCAGAUUUUACUUCCGCCAGAUUACAACGCGGCAACGUAUUGCUUAAACAAGCCCAAUUUGAAAAAGCAGAGGCUGAUUUUCGAGAUGUUUUAGCAGUUGAACCGCAGAAUUCAGAUGCCUAUAAUGCCUUAUAUAAAAUAGCGCCUGUCCAAGAAGAUUUGUUAGUUAUAGACAGAUUAAUGAGGAAUGGUGAUUACGCAGCAGCCGCGCAACAAAUUUCCAAAGUUAUCGAAGUAUGUCCAUGGUCAGCUGAACUUAGGGAACGUAGAGCCGAAUGCUAUGAAGCACUCGAAGAUUAUGUUAGUGCUAUUUCUGAUGUACGUUCUACAACCAAGUUACAAUCUGAUAAUAUGCAAGGAUUUUUAAAAUUAGCCACCUUGCAUUAUCGUCUUGGACAAGUCGAUGAAUCUUUAAAGGAAAUUCGAGAAUGUUUGAAACUUGAUCCGGAGCAUUCAAAGUGUUUUUCAUUUUAUAAGAAAGUUAAGAAAGUGGCAAAAUUAUUAACAGAUUCGAAUGAGUACGAAAAUGAAAGAGAUUACGCCAGUUGUAUAGACUCUGCUCAAUCUGUACUUAAACUUGAACCGCAAGUAGCUAAUGUGCGUUUCAUUGCUCAUCAGCAUCUCUGUAAAUGUUAUACUGGUAAUUCAGAACCGAGUCAAGCGAUAAAAAAUUGUCACGAAGCGUUAAAAAUAAGAAAAGAAGCUGCGGUAUAUUGCGACAGAGCAGAAGCGUAUCUCGCUGCUGAGAUGUUUGACGAUGCGAUUAGAGAUUUUAAAGAAGCUUUAGAAAUUGAUAUGAGUCUACAAAGGGCGAAGCAAGGUCUUCAUAAAGCGCAACAACGACAAAAACUUUCCGAAUCACGAGAUUAUUACAAAAUUUUGGGUGUACCAAGAACAGCAUCUAAACGUGAUAUUAUCAAAGCAUAUAGGAAAGCUGCCCAAAAAUGGCAUCCCGAUAAUUUUCAAGAAGGGGAGGAGAAGAAACGAGCAGAGAAAAGAUUUAUCGACAUUGCAGCUGCCAAAGAAGUAUUGACUGACGAUGAAAAAAGAGCGAAAUUUGAUCAAGGAGAAGAUCCAUUAGAUCCUGAAUCAGGGAAACAUCAACAAGGUUUCAAUCCCUUCCAAGAAUUCCAUCACUUCCAUGGCUCUCCCUUCCAAUUUAAGUUCCAUUUUAAUUAGUAAUUUUUGUUCAUUUUCACGGCAUUAGGUCAAAUAAAAUUCCUAAUUUUUCAUAGUAUGAAAAUAUUAUAAAUCGCUAUGUAUGCAAUAUGACAUUUGCUAGUUGAAAUUUAAUUUUGUUAAUCUACCUCGUCGGUAGUCGUGUAUGUCUUGUAUCUGCAUUGAAUCAGAAGACUGUAUACGGAAAAUUGUUAAUCAAUCAGUAAGUCAAGAAAAAGUGACCAAUAACAACAACAACAACAAUAAUAACAACAAUAAUAAUAAUAAUAAUAAUGAUAAUAAUAAUAAUAAUAAUAAAUGAUAAAGAUAAUAAAUGACGAAUCGUAACACAUGAUUAAAAAUUAUGUUGUUCGAAUCACACGAACUAUAAAAUAUCCUCUCAUUGUCAGUUUUCAGUCAGUAACUUGUUAUUGAAAUUCAAUAUAUACAUAAUGUAAAUAACGUAUGCAUGUAAUUUAAUAUGUUAGUUAUAAUAAUUUAUAUAAUAUGGAUUGUAAUAACUUUGAGUAAUUGACUUACUGGAUAACUAAUAAACGACAUACUUGAUGCAGACUGAACGUAUAAUUAGUUUUCAGCGAUGUGAAUAUUCGGUACCAUCGAUACCACCAUAUAGACAUAGAUUUCGUACCAUCGACAUACGAAACGAAAGUCACGAUUGAACUCGCAUUUUAAUAAAACUGUAGGAUAUAAUGGUGGCGAUAAUGUUGCUGCUACCUAAAUGUUACAGCGAUGGGCUGUGGAUUGAUUGAGUUUAGCUUAAAAUCAUGCGACGAUUAGAUGGAGUAAAUACUAUUAAAGCCAUUUUUGAUAAUGUAACGAUCGAGUACAGAUACACUUGAGGUAUGGAUAGCGGAAUUAUGUUACGGAGUGAUUGUAUUCGAUGUUAAUAAAUGCAUAUGUAGGACAAUGCUGUGUGCGUGUUGUAUUCGCAUGAGUGUGAGAGAACUUUAUGUAAAUACUGUAUCUCUAAUAUUUGUUUAAAUAUAUUUGAUUAAUUUAUA